UUCACUAUGGCGAAUGGAUAAACAAACAGAGCCCAAUGGGUAGGAAAGCGGCAGUAACGGUGAACACAUCUGCCCUUUAGUGACUAACACCAGUCCGGUGACUGGUGGAGGGUUUUCUGCAGGGUGUGCUCUCGGGACACGGAUGCUGUCAGUGCGAAUAGAAAUGAAAAGAGCGAAAAUAGUUUGCCUCUCCACACUGAGCACCUCGGUUUUAGCAGCCGAUGAUACAGGCUAAGCGUUACUGGACUCCGGACCCUUUCUUCUCCUUCUGACCGCUUCUCUGGGCUAAACAUGGAAGGAGCAGAACACUAACUAACACCUUAGCUUCAGAUAUCACUCAGCUGUUUUCAUUUUGUUUUUUACUUCAGUCGGUUUUAUUUCGCUCGUAUUUUUUCUUAUUAUUAAGUCGAGUUGAUCUGCCUUAAUAAUGUUGACAGGAUCCAAAACCACCUUCAAAGUGAGGCAAAUGCUCCCAGAUAUCAAGGAGAGGAUGCUGAGUCAGAGUGGGGUGAGCGCAAGGAGUCGAGAUGUGCUCGGUCUCCGCUGCCUACCAGGCGAGUGUGUUCUUCAGCGAGCUGUUAUGGUGAGGAAGAAGCUCUCAGCCAGGGAAGGAAGAGGAUGGGUGUCAGGGACCCUUUUCUGUACCCACUUCAGAGUGGCCUUCGUGCCCCAGGACAGCCCCAAACCUGACGACAAUGCAGACCCAGUGCUUUUAGGAGAUCAUGAUGUGGCGCUGGCGUCCAUAGAGAAGGUUGUGGUUGUGGGCCCGAACCGGACCAAGCUGGUGACCCCGAACUCUUCUCUGAAGUUCACUCCCGAGGAGCUGGUGCUUUACUGCAGGGACCUGAGGGUCGUCUGCUUCCUGUUCGACCGCCUCACUCCUGAUGCACAAGUCUUAGAGAUAACCUACACCAUCGCCAAGACCUAUCAGCCUCCUAAACCAGGGUCAGUGUUAUCUUUCCAGAACGCUGCCCUCGGGAGUGUAGAAAUGAAGCAGUUCCUAAGCAACCGUCGCCGUAACACCGACAUGAACUGGUUUGAGUCGGCUUCAGACUGGGAGCAGGAGCUGGAGCGGAGCGGGGCCUCGGGCUGGAGGGUCAGCUCCGUCAACGACCGCUUCGAGAUGUCCACCAGCCUGCCGAGGUCCAUCGUGGUUCCACAGAAGGUGUUAGACACUGAGCUGAAGAAAAGCUUCGCCCACUUCAACGAAGGACGCAUCCCUCGCUGGUGUUGGCGGCACCCUCGAGGCAGCGAUCUACUGCGAAUGGCAAGCUUCCAGAACAACAUCUACCACGAGAAAGACGACAUCAGGAACCUGGAGAUGAUCCUGUUUGGGUGCCAGUCGUCUCUGUGCGUGGUGGUGGAGCUGGACGAGGAGCUGCCCUCUCCUGCAGAUAUCCAGCUGGCACACAGCCGGCUGCGCGCCCUCUGUCUCGGAGAUAUCUCCACAUCUGUGUCAGUGCCUGAUGACAAGUGGUUAUCUACCUUGGAAAGCACCCACUGGCUCGACUACACCAGAUCCUGCCUGAGGAAAGCCUCAGAGGUAGCCUGUCUGCUUCGCGGCGGUCACCUGACUGUGGCUCUGCAAGAGGCGGACGACCGGGACAUGGGCUGCGUUGUGUGCAGCCUGGUGCAGGUGAUGUGUGACCCCCACUGUCGGACCCAGACCGGUUUCCAGAGCCUCGUGCAGAAGGAGUGGGUGAUGUCCGGACACCGCUUCUACAGCCGCAUCAACUAUCACCGCGACAACGACAAGGAGGAGGCUCCAGUCUUCCUGCUCUUCCUGGACUGUGUGUGGCAGCUCUUGUCCCAGUAUCCCUCUCGCUUCCAGCUGACAGGUGACUUCCUGUUGGCGCUGCACGACAGCAUCCACCUGCCACUCUUCUCCAGCUUCCUGGCCAACUGCCAGCGGGAGAGAUGCAAACGCUCCCAGAACCCCGGGCAGUCCUACACACCAGUGAAUGGCUGGAGGGAUAUGCUUCAUCCGGAUUCUUCCUCCGACCCCUCGGACCCUCCUCUCCCCUCGGUGUGGGACUGGUCCCUGCAGUACAGCAAGCACAGAAGAGACCGCUUCACCCAGCCCGUGCCCCCCAUCCCUCCUCUCCAACCGCUGCUCAAUGGAAACCUCAACACCAACCCAGACUCACACAGGCUGACUGACACCAUCCCCGGCUCGGUCUUCCUCCUCUCUCGGGGCAUCUUCUCGUGUCCGGCUAACCUGCUCCCCUGGCGCAGCGGCAGUUCAGGCGUUUACAAGAAGAGCCACCGGAGGGCGGCGUCCUCUGAGAACGUGCCCGGCCUGGAGAGGCUGCUGAAGGCCUGGGCGCUGGCCGAGUUUCCCCAAGGCCUCACCUCCAGCUCCGGACCCCAGGGGCCGCUGGACCCCUAUGAGCCCUUACUGCCCCUCCUCAUGGGGCCCUGCAUGGGCCUGUGGAGGGAGUGCUACCUCCGGGGGGCGCUCCAUGCUCAGGCGUUCUCCCACCCCGUCUCAGCUAACCACCCCCACCCCGUGGAGCGCCUGGCCCGGGAGGUGCAGCAGCUCAAAGACAAGCUGGAACAGGUGUCCACGGGCUCUGAUCUCAACCCCCCCACCAAGAUGGCCGACCCCAGACGCACGGACACCAACCUGAACCAAAACACCAACAACGGCACCUUCCUCUUCCCGGCGUCCAGGCCCCAGAGCGCGGGGAACCCCAGAGCGGCGCCCCCUCCUACCUCCACCAACCACCAGACCUCCCGGGGCCCCCACCCCGCCUCAGCUGCACCGUCCAGGCCCGGCCACAGAGACAAUGGGGGCAGCAACAAACACACCUUCCUGUUCGGGCACUCUUCGGUAGCAGAGGCCCGCCCUGAUCAGCGCUACUACCCAGCACCCCAAAACGCCAAGCUGCCUAAAAGCAACGGGAUACAGAGCGCCCCUCCCCACAACAGACUAUAAGCAGAUCAUAAGCUCAAUAUCAAUAUGUGUUUCCUGUCAAACCAUAUUCAAUUAACCAUAUAGUGAUAAAACAGAGCAGAAAGUAUGAAAAUAAUCCCUGCAAGAUUUCUUUAAUCUCCUACUUAUCGUCUGUACUGUAUGAAAUGUGACAACUGUUUUGUACAUUUGUACAGACAAUCUUAGCCUUCAAUAUUCCACCUAUUAAAUAUUAGAAGAAGAAAUAAAAAGGGCUGAAGGUGCUGAACACUGUAACAGCAGAACAUUAGAAGCACAUCUUGCCGUAUCUUGAAAAGCAGGACAUGACAGAUUUUGUAGACGUCACCCUUGGAGAAAGACAGAGAGCUUGUAGUUUCCAUUUUUAGCUUCUUAUCCAAAGAGGGACACAGAUAGCGGUGUGAUAAGAUGAUUCUUAAGGGCACUUUGACAGGAUGUGAGACUACAUGUCUCCAGAAGACAUACAACAAACUCUUUAGAUCCUUAUUAGAUGAUGUCUUGAUCAUGUGCAAAAGGACACGUUCAUCUCCUAGGUUUUGUAACUUAGCUUCAAAUAGAAAAGUAGAAUACUGUUUGACCAAUGAUCAUUUUUUUAAACUGUCAUUUUUUUUAACUGCAGGCUCUGUGGCCGGUGACUUUAAUGUAGAAUUUAGGGCAUGAGAGCUAUUUUGGUACCGCUCUCAUAUCUCUCCACUUGCUUUCAUGCUUGGGUGCAGUGAGAGGCCUAUUUUUCAUUCAGUGUUGUUAGCCUGGAUGUGUCUGACAUGAUUUCAGGGCUUCUAGUUAUAUAAUCUUAUCUAAACUCUCAUCUUUAUUUCCAAGUAUUUUUUACUAUGAUCUGUCACUUUGACAUCUUACAUGUAGAUAAGUGUGAUUUUUGAAUGGUUUUUGACCAAAUUGAGUAUUAUUGUGAGAUUUUCUCCAUCAUUUUGUGGUGGAAUUAAACAACUCAAACAUUGUUCUGCCUUUUUGAAUGACGUACCUUGAGAAGGUACCAGUGUUGGAAGCAAAGGGAAGCAUAUUUCUUCCUGUGUAUACUUAUCAUGUUAUAUCAGUUUUUUUCAUCCUGCCUGGAGGUGUAUUAGUACGCAGCCAGCAUUUAGGUCAAGGACUUGUCUGACUGUAUUAAAGCACAGAGGGAAGUAUCGCCUAUGCCUUUAAAUCUAAAAAGGGUUUUGUUUGCAUGAUGUGGGAGUCCAGUAGGUUCACUGACGUCAUUCCCACAGACGGAUGAAAGUGUUAUGCAUUUGAAAAAAAGCACAUUUUAUUUUGUGCAGGAUUGUCAGGUGUAUGACUGAUGCUGAUCUCAUGUCAAAAGGUACAUCACUUGAUAGCACGAUGAAUUAUUCAACUGUUGUAAAUAUUCAUCACAUCAAUAUCAAGGCACAUUGAUAUCAGAUACAAUUUCAGAUCUUUCCAGGUGUGAUGCCAACGCACUCGCUCGUCUUCCAUGGAGAGAAAACAAAAUCACGUUUGUUCUGUCGCAUGGAAAAUCUAAUUUGAUCUUCUGCUACACCUGUCAGUCUGUAUCGUUGUAUAAUUUAAUGUUUUUGGUACGAACAUCACUUACAUUUGCCAGAUGUACAUAUUUUUUGUAUCAGCAUGUUUUGAUCCUGAUCAAAUAAAAAGUGUUAUCAGUUCACAA